AAUAUACUUCGUUUGUGAUAUAUAGUUUCUAUUUGUUUGAUUGUGAUAGAACAAUGUCCAGUACAACUAAAAAAAUUGAACAAAUGCAACAACAUGCAAUUGAAUUAUCAUUAGAAGCUAUGAAUUUAUUUUCAUCUCAUGAUGAUAUAGCUGAUUAUAUUGCGAAAACAUUCAAAGAGACAUAUUCAGGUUGUUGGGAAUGUAAAGUUGGAACAACAUUUGGAAGCUUAUCGAUGAAAACAAAUGACGAUCAAGUUAACUGUCAACUUAAGGAAUCUGUCCCUCGAACUGUAUGGUUUAUUUACAAACACUUGGUUGUUGUUCAUAACGUAUAUAAUGAGUUCGUUUUAUUCUGUUAUACUUAAUUGCAUCGAAUUUCCCUUUUGAAUGGUUGUCCUUCAUUUAUGUAUAUUAUCAUUUAUAAUGACAUGUGGUAAUUAAAUUAAUCGACCUUAGUCUUAAUGGUUAACACGUUGCUGUAAUAAUCAUAAUAUUAUCAGGAGGGGUUUUAUGGAUAUUAUAGUAAUUUUAAUAGUUGAGAUCAUGAGUCAUAUUCAUGCUCAAUUUCGUGGAUUAGUUGAAGUUCCACAUUAACAUCGUUGGAUGCCGGCUGGCUCAGUGAUUUAGAGGUCAAGCGUUCGUGCACGAGACCGAUAGAUCCUGGGUUCAAAUCUCGUG